CGUGGAACGGUGUCGUUUGAAGGAAAAUGGCAUUCAGUAAUUUCGGUUAGGCUACUUUGUCGGUUUGCCUGCUUAGCUUAAGCCUUCAAUGGAAAAUCAGUUGCCUAUAUCGGCAGAUUGACUCUUACCUCCGUCCACUUACUCUGACUCGCUCUACUGAACUCAGCGCAGCUUCCUCCUCCUCCUUCUCCCAAUGCUUCUUCUCUCUGCAACCACUCACCAACACCCAUCAAUUUCCACUUCUACGCUCCUCUUUCCCUCUAUUUGCCACAAACUCCCCGCCUCCGUCAAAGCCAACUCCACCUCCGCUCACAGACCCCAUGACCUGCUGAUCACCAACGCCUUCUCACCCUCCUCCCUCCAAAACCCUAACCCUAGCCACCCCCAGACCAUCCGUCACGUCACUCACUCUGCCUCCGAUGGCGAACCCGAAGCCAAUUCCAUGGUCCCCUCUGCCUCCGCCGUCGCCUCCGCCAUUCGCAGAGCCUCCACCUCCCCCGUCGACUUCAUACAGAGAAUCGAAAAGGAACAGAAGAGAGGCAUGGUACUCCCCAGCCCCGAUUUCCAGAGACUCUGUAUUCAACAGUUGGACAUCUUUCGCCGAAUCGUCGAUUCCGAUGCUCUCCUCUCGGUGUAUGUAAGGCCAGCUGGUAGUUAUGUGAUGGACCGAUUGGAGCUUCGUCGAGUAACUUGCCAUCCAGGAGCUAAGUCAUCAGACAUUGUGAUAUUAGUUGGCAGUUUCAGUGUUGCCACUGGUUUUCGCGCCGCUGAAGCAGUGCUUUCCAAUCACAAAGUGGAAGUUAUAGCUGAGUGCAAAGCUGCGGUUUUCCCCAUGGUGAAGCACCCCUUUGUGGUGGGCUUCUUGGUUGCUGAAUUUCCCAGGAUGGAAAUGCCGCCACCUGGCGGGAAAGUUCAGUGUGAGGGCUGUGAUUUGAUUCACCGCCUGACUCCUGAGGAAGCCUAUGCUUUGCCUCCGAGCUCCAAUAUCAAAUCUUGGGAUACACAGAAUCUGGAGGAUCAACCAGAGCCAUUAUUAACAAUGUACAAGUUUAGUGCUGAGCAGAGAUCAAAUGCUAUCAACAUUUCUCGGUCUUUAGCGAUGGCAUAUGUUAUGGAUCAGAAAGCGAUGCUCCUCCAGCAAUCAUCUUGGCAGAACAAUGUCAGGAUGAGUAGUCUGGUUGAACAAAUUCGUGGUCCUCUUUCUAGCCUUCAAACUUUAAGUAAAAUGUUAUCCAUGCAUAUGAAGAGAAGUGAGAUUUCUUAUGACAUUGUUGAAGAUAUACUGGUGCAAGGCGACCAUAUGAAAGAUACCCUGCAGCAACUCCAGGAUGCUGUUUACUUAACCAAGGCUAGUAUCAUGCGCUACGGUGAACAUGAGUCAACAUAUUCCUAUCCUGACUCAGGGAAGCCUCAGUUAUUGAAUAACCUUCCCAAGGAUAGUUCCAGCAUUAAGAUGCAAGUUUCAGGUGAACAACUUUCUCUAAAUGCUGGAGCCGAGGAUAUGGAGAUGCCCAUGCCUCCUCUAGCCCUUGCUCCUUUACAGCAACAUGGAAUUAGACCAUGCAAUGUUUCUGAUAUACUGGCAGAUUUGGUUGAAGCUGUAAGACCUCUUGCUCAAAACCAGCAGCGUGUUGUAGAACUGAAUGAACUUGGAACAUCAUUGCAAGUUGCUGUAGAAGAACCUGCUUUGCGACAGGCUCUGAGCAAUUUAAUUGAGAGUGCAUUAUUGCGUACGCAUACUGGGGGAAAGGUAGAAAUUGUGUCUACUGGAGCACCAGCAGGUGGUGUUCUUGUAGUAAUUGACGAUGAUGGGCCUGAUAUGCACUAUAUGACGCAGAUGCAUUCUCUCACUCCUUUUGGAGCCGAUCUCUUAUCAGAAAAUAUGGGAAGACAACAUGACGUGGAACUUUGUUGCUGGACUGACUGUUGCUCGUGAGAUACUCGAAAGUUAUGGUUGUGUUGUCCGUGUCAUAUCACCCCGAACCGCAGAUGCUCCCCUUGGAGCAGGUGGAACUCGAGUAGAACUCUGGCUUCCUUGUAUCAUGGAAUUAUCCAG